GGGUGAUGAGGUGGUGGUGAAGAGGUGGAGACGGUGACGAGGAGGAGGUGUAGGCGGCAGAAGAGAGGCGAUGCCGUCGGGACUGUUGGAGAAGCUGCUCCGGCGGGGCUGCGCACCGGGCCCCGACGAGGCGGGGGCAGCCGGCGCCGAGCCGGGGCAGCCGUGCCCGGGGUGGUGCACGGGCGAUGAUGACCUCCGCCUUGUUGUCUUCCGCGACUGCGAGCGCCGUGGGCGACAGCUCCUCUUCGACUCCAAGACUGUGCGCAAGCUCCCGAGAACCAGCCCGGAAUGUGGCGUGAAACAAGCGCGUGUGUUUGGGAGGUUCUGUUAUCUCGGCAGUGCAUCUUCCACUCAGCAGCCCGACGCCGGUCUCCACGAGGAGGAGGGCCCUCGGUACCAGGCCCUGCGACAGUGCACCGACGUGAAGAUGCUGUGUGAGAUGAUGUUUGGGUCCGUGGCAGUCAGCCUCAAGACGUCCACGCUGAAAAUUCACCACAUCAGGUGCCCACCCCAGCUGCUGCUCAGCAGGGUGUACAGGGUGCGCACUUGCAGCGGAACCGACACUGGCACCAGCACGCUAAAUGAAACUUUCAAUUGCUCAAACCCGCUUUUCAGUGAAGCCAAGCCCUGCACUGACCAAACGCCCGAGUGUGGAAGCCAAAGGGUCUCCAGCACUCCCAUGGAGAUGCCUCUGAAGACCGUAGAUGGUGCACUACAUGGAGGCCGCAUGCAGCCCGGCUCCCUCGGCAGCAUGUUCUCCAUGCCAGGCGCCUCGCUGGGCUCGCUAAGUUCACUGGGCAUGAGCCCAGGCACCGGCACCUGGCACCGCAGCCUGCAUGCUAGCGGCACCACCUCCCAGCUGUCGAGGAGGGUGGAGGAGGACGACUUCCGCCUGGUGUCGGACGCGGGACAGCCCAGCCCGUCGAGCCUGCGCCGCAUGAGGCUGGCGCUCGGCGUGGUGGUGGCGCUGCCCGUCGGCCACGAGGCCGCCCUGCAGCACUUUCUCUUCACGCACUUCCUGCUGCUCGAGGGACGCAUGCGACGCCUGAAGGCGGCCGUGGAGAAGGCUAUGAUUGCCUGCCGAGGGAUUGAAGACUGUGAGCGGAGGCUGCAGGCCUAUGUCGGCAUGCUGGUGGAGGCCCUCGCUGUCUUCCGGAGGGGCGUACGGGACCUGUACUCCCAGCCGCGCCUGCAGCAACCAGUGUGGCUCACGCUGUCGCAGGAGUGGAGCAACCGCCAAGCCGUGUGCCACAGAUUCAUGUCGGAGCUCUCGGCUCUCGCCAGCGUCUCCGGCAGACAGAGGUUUAUUCAGGCCCUGCUGACAGCCGUGCUGACUCACCACGUGGGUUGGGUGGCCACGCUGACCCCCGGCGGUCACCCCCUUGCCCGCACCGCCCAAGCCUUGUCUUGGUCUGCCGCCACGGUGCCACCGCACAACCUGAACCCUCUCCAGGCCCAGCUGUGCUCGCUGCAGGGCUGCGUGGGCGACACGCCGUGGCUCACGCGCACCGUGGUGCUGGGCCGGGACCGCGCGGCCGUCGCUCGCGUCCUGCACGUGCUCACCCACUUCAUCCGCUGCCCGCCGCUGCAGGAGCGGGAGACUGAGGGGCCCCAGGGCCCCGAGCGGGCCCGGGGCCCCGCAGAGCAUCCCGACGCAGUGGAGAUGCCGGAGGCCGAAGGGGCGGGCUACAGAAUCUUCACGUCCCUCGUGAGUGGGGAGGUGGAGAUGUCGGACUACGUGGUGGUGAGCGUGGUGAAGAGAGGCAAACAGCAGGAGCAGAGCGACGUGACGCAGCCCAGCGAGCUCCCAACGCCUACGCGGAGCGGGAUCCAGCUCCGCGGCACGGCUGGGGAUAAACCAGCGCACGCAUCCACCACCGGUGGCCUGCUUUCCUACUUAGCUACGUCGGCCUUCUCCUUGCGGUGCAAAGUGAACGCGAAGGGCGGCGGAGCAGACCGAGCGGGAGAGGGUCGUAUCGGCAGCGAGACGCCCGUGCCGCGUGCGGCGAAGCCGGAAGUGCAGCUGCUACCGAUGAAGGAAAGUGUUGCAGCUCUCGGAAGGGCGGCUGUAGCACGGCAAAGCCGCGUGCCAGGCAUGUCCAAAAUAAAACGUUUGUCUCCUGUGGGGGAGCUCAGCCCCGAGAGGAAAGGUGUUAUUGGGGGCGCAGACGUGAGCUUUCGCGAGGAAGUUUUAACGUCCGAUUGUCACACGAUUGGCCCUUGCGAAGCCGCCCACGGACCCGAGCCGCAAUCCUCCUCGGAGUCCGAUGCGAAUGAUCAUGGACUCGUCUCCAGUUUCAAGCGACAGGAAGACUCUGCCGAUCAGGGUGAAGACCUGGGUGGGCAACUGGCAGCCCAGGACGAUUCACAAACACCGGGGCCAGCGACGGACACGAGGAGCCGCGUUCCGGACACGUUAACCCACCACCUGGCGAGACAACCAUGCCAUGCGGACACCGGCGUUGAUGUUGCAGCCAGGACAGGUGGCGGUGGACACGGCAGUGUAACCGAGCGUGCUGGCGAUUCAUCUGCAGAGACCAAGUCGUCGCCACUACACAGGGCCAUCCCUGUGAGCCACUGUGAAAUCCCUCUGCCUCGGUGUGAGAUGCGGCAGGUGUGGCACAGGGCCGGGCCGGGCCUGGCUCCCUCUCUGCUGGGCGGCUGCUGCUCGCGCUUCGUGCCGGAGUUCGUGCUGCAGGGCCUGAGCUGCUCGCGCGACGCGGCCGUCGAGCAGAUCCGCCGCGGCCUGCAGCAAGCCCUCUCCGCUUGCGCGCCAGACCGGCCGCCACAGCGGACGCUGUGCCUGCUCGCCGACCUGGACCAGCGCUCCGUGCGGCUCCUCGCCGCGCAGCCCCUCUUCCCCCCGCAGGACGAGGCCCCCACGGCCGGGCCGCCCUCCGUGGCCGGCCAGGAGGGGCGGCCGCUGCCGUCGCCGACGUCUUUGCCACGCGUGCAGAAAGAGCGGCGCCUGGUGGAGAGCGACGACGUGCGGCCGUCCGGCCUCGUGCGCGAAAUCCUCCACUCCACGCUGCAGCUCUGGAAGAUGCGGCUCUCCGCGGACUUUGGGCGACUCGAGCGACGUGGGACUGCUGGCAGCCGUGGCGACGGCCCUCCCCAAGCCUCCGUUCGUCACGUGACUCCUGGGCAACGCUGCUGCACAGCCACGUGCUCGCUUGCACUACAGCGUCCCAGGAGGCAUCCCCCUUCAGCAGUGAGGAUCAACAUCAAGCCACUUCCCGUCUCUUUGGAGCAACACCGCCUUGAGCAACGCUUCCACUUAACAUCCAAACUUAUGCCGCGAAACCUUCACAGGGCGAAGACCCGCUGUCUGACCCGAUGCAUUUUUGUAGUUCGGAGACGCUUUGCAACUUCACAAAUGUCUUAAUGCUGGAAACCCCCCUCCCCCACCAUACACUGCACCGUGACUCGUACGUAGGAGUUGAAGCGCCGUUUGUUUACUGCAGCGCGCGGUGGCCUCUCAUCAGAACCCUUGGCAAGUGAGUGCCCCGCUACGUGGGCGCUCGCUGUCAAACCCCGCACCCACGCAUCCCCCUGCUCUGCCAGGAUACGAUGCCCGUGGCCGCUCUCGGCCUUUGUCGUGUUGCUCCGCUCACUCCCUUCGAUUUUUUUUUUGACGAAGGGGCUGGGUGGAACUGUUUUUACCAAGCGUAGAAAUACCCUGCAGCUCCCGUGUGGAGCCCAUUCCAUUCAGAAGUUCAGUUAACGACCCCCCCCCCCCCGCCUCGGCCUCUGCCUCCGCCUCCAUGACUCUGCUGCCGCUAUGGGUUUCAUGCCCAAUCACCACGGGCGUGUCGCUCGCGGUAGAGACUAUUCCAUCCAACCUCGGCGAGACCAUCGUAGCGAAUACUGCAUCCAUAGUUGUGCUAUGGGUUUCAUGCCCAAUCAUCACGGGUGUGUCGCUCGCGGUAGAGACUAUUCCAUCCAACCUCGGCGAGACCAUCGUAGCGAAUACUGCAUCCAUAGUUGUGCACAACGUUCAAAAGGCAUGCGGAAAUUUAAAAGAGUCUUCUACAAACUCCACAAUUCAACCUUUUUAAGCUUGCGUAGUACUUCAAUUAUAACUGCGUGAGAGUCCACCGAGACGAGAUUGCUUUGCACGGGAAACCAAAAACCCACAUUUCUCUCUGCAGGCCCGGCACGAUUCUCUCUGCAAAUUCACAACUCUCCCUCCAAACAAAACAUACGAGUCUUUCAAAUUCUCUGGAGAACUCUUAUUCCUAAACCAUGGAAUGCCGAACAAAGUCAAGAAUAUUUUUUUUAAAUCCUUAUUCUCCACCCGAGGUUAUAUUAUAAUGCUCUACAAAGGCGAGGAAUGUUCUCCAAUGUGAAUGGCAAUACCUCUGCAAGUAACUCGUCACUCCUCCUUCCCCAAAUAAACCGCUUGGGGUUUGGUAGGAUUUACUGUGGAAAUUAAAACACCGCUCGCCCGGCUGUAACAGCAGCCGUAGCAGCAGCGCGUGACUGGGCCCAGUCGCGGGGGCUUUAUUUGUGCAUUGUCUUGACAGCGACAGCCUUGGUUUACGCUCUUGUGCGUGUGUGUUGGCGCCACGGGUUUUCUUUUUAAGAAAAUACUUAAAUAAGAAAUAACUUGUCAACUCUUCAUCAAAACACUGCAUCCUGCCAAAAGAUAAAUAAUUAAACAUUCAUUCUCACUUUGGACGUUCGCUCACUUGCCACAGCCAAGGGAACGCAUUCCAAUGCCGCAUGCACGCACGCACUCGUGUGUGUGUGUGUGUCAAAUUGCACCUCUGCGCAGCCCUUCGAUCAUUGCAGGUUUUUGUGCCUCGGGCCAGCGGUGGACUCUUGCCACAUUUUUUGUAGAGCUGCCCGUGAGGAUUUCCAUUGAGGCUCUUUGGUUUUUCUCACAGAGUCCCCCGUCAUGUUACCGGUAUACCCAUGUCGCGUAUUGACAAGAAUGAGCUGUCGGGUUGCAUCCUCGUGUAAUGGCCCUCCGUGUUCUCGAGGCUUCCCCUUUAGAAGGCGACAUCUGAACGCUCCUUGCCGGCUGCCGUUGUGCGCGCUCAGCUCUGCGGGUGGAGAAGUCUCGCGGCUUACGUUCGUUUGCGAGGCACAAAGGAAACGUGGUGGCUCCUGGAGUCUCAAUUUAAAUGUUCUUGGGUUCAUAGCCUCGAGAAUUCUCGGAACUGAUCGUAUAACAAGCUCUGCUCCUCUUAUCCUUCGACUAUCAUGAUCCAGUUGAGAAGAGAAAUACAACAUUUCUAUGGUUUCUUCAAAGCUCGUCUUUUGAUCUAACUUCCAGCAAUAAAAAAGUGGUGGUACUGAGAGUUUUGCGCCACUCGGCUGAUGCAGAAUUAACCUAUGCUGCAGCAAAGCCCCUUGCGUGUUCCACGGCCGUCAACGGCAACAUGACGUCGUCUGUGAAUGUGAACGACCGCGCCUUUUGCUUGCGCGCGUGUUUGUGUCGUUUGGUUAACAGCGCUUGGCCCGGACACUGCGGGGCACAACCUUCGCAAAGGUAACAACAUUUGGCUGCCCGACCCUUUUUCGUAUUUUUCACCCGUGUUUUUCAGGACCACUAGAAAAUGAGCCUACUCUGGUGUCGUGGAUGAGCGAGCCCAGCCAGGCUUCCUUCCCUCUGUGGCCCUGGUUGGGCUGCCUGCGGGGCGCCACUUGCACCCCUCACUCGAUUUUAAAUUUAAGGGCCGCGUGCUUCUUGUGCAGAUGUGACAACGCAGUGCGCGAUUUUGGCAUUGGUGACGCACGGUCGUCCAUUGGUUCGGAAAGAAAUGGCCAUGACUGAUUAAUUUCAUGAGCAUUUACGUGGUCAACGUGUACCACAGCUCCUCGCCCUCUUCUCGUUUUGCAUUGCCUUUGACGGGCGACCUGUCAAGAGUUUCAGUUGCAAGCGAGUUAGCCAUCCAAUGGGUUUGUUCACCCGAACAUCUCCAUCUGAUACGUGAACACGGGCAUCGCCAAGGGUUCUGGUGGCAGCAAUAUCCGCCGCAUCUGUUUGGUGAGGCCGGUUUGUGGUAACAACCUGUGGAGAAUUGCAUUUGCCAGGAAGCGUUCGAUGCCUGGGACAGUCAUCGCAGUGUUGUUUAUCUGUGCAUUGCCAGCCGUUGGGUUAUCGCUCUCCCUUUUGUUUACGUGGCUUAGUUUUGUUUACAUUGUUUGCUGCUAUGUUAUGAACCAACGUUGCCAUUGUUCUCCAGGGUGUCUUAAACUGCAAGCCUAAUGAUUUCAAAGCUCGGGGUUUUACACAAUUUCGAAAUUCGGUCUUGAGCCUAAAAAUGACCACGUUUAAUAUAUAUUUAAUAAAAAUGUCCCCGUCACUUCCAUCUAUAAAGUAGCUCACAGGGACGUGUGUGGAGGGCUUUGAUUGUGGGGGGGGGCGGGGGGGAAACGACCUUCACAACGGUCCUGGACGAGCUCCCGCCGCCCGGCACCGUCGCCUCCUACAAAAGGCCACAGUAGCGGCACCACAGCCAACCCAGACGCUGACGUCAGCUCGGCCACCCAUCUUGCAUGGUUCCCUCCGAGGGUGGAGGACCGUCCCGCUGCGGUCGACGGUUCAACGGGGGAGGGGGGGGCAGGAGGCCACUUUCUGGGGAAGCGGUCCCGAGUUUUACCACUGCACGCUGGUUUACGUCGUGUUACAUGGAGCAAAGCAUGCAGAUACCACUUCGUUAUUUUGAAGGACAAUGGCUGAUUUGAACACUAACAUUCGUCACCAAAAGCCCAAUUAAAUGUUUUACCUAUUAUACUGAAAGUACAAUAUUUCAGCUCUAUAUGCUCCGUCAGAAAUAAGUUAAGUGAACAAAUGCUUGAUAUUACCUUUUAUUGUAAUGGACACAAUUGUACAGCAUUAACUAAAGUUUCACAAACGGCGUGCAUGAAGGAGGAGUGAUGGUUCAGCAGUUCACUCGCUGCGUUUAGCAUCAUGGCCUCCUGGGUGCAACUCUUGGCCAGGAUGCACAUCACCAGUUGUGAAUGAAAUUCUGACCGUAGCCUGAACCUCCCAUAGGUCAAAGGCAGUGAUGUACUCAUUUGGAGCAUUGAGGCGCCCCCCGUUUACAGCCCUGAACCAGUGGUGGAAAUUCCACAUUCCUAUGGCGGGGACGAGUCUACACA